UAGUCGGCAGAUGUCUUCAAAAUUUUACUGGAAAACAUUUGAUAUUGGCGCCUAAAUUUUUGCCCAAAUCUAUUCACACGGUUCUCUCUCUCUUGCUCUCCCUCUGAUCAGUACACCAAACCAGAUGUACGCUCAGUGACGGUCACCACCUCACCGUCACACGUCGCCACCGCUGCACGUCGCUACCUCCACUGCUGCAAAUCACAGGUGUUUGUUAAGUUCGCAUCGAUGUCGGAAGAUGAAAGAGAAGAGAAGGAGUUGGAUGUCUACUCUCCUGAAGUUGUCACCAAAUACAAGAGCGCUGCUGAGAUCAUUAACAAGGCUUUGCAAUUAGUACUGUCAGAAUGCAAACCAAAGGCUAAGAUUGUUGAUAUUUGUGAGAAAGGUGAUUCAUUUAUCAGAGAUCAAUUUGGGAAUAUGUACAAGAAUGUCAAGAAGAAGAUUGAAAGAGGGGUUGCAUUCCCCAAUUGUGUUUCUGUGAACAACACUCUUUGUCAUUUCUCUCCACUUGCCAGCAAUGAGGUAGUGCUGGAAGAAGGUGAUAUGGUGAAGAUAUGCAGUGACAUGGGGUGUCACAUAGAUGGUUUCAUUGCUGUUGUAGCACACACCCAUGUCCUUCAGGGAGGACCAGUGACUGGUAGCCAAGCUGAUGUUAUUGCCGCAGCAAAUACUGCAGCAGAGGUUGCCUUGAGGCUUCUAAGGCCGAGAAGAAAGAAUAAAGAUGUAACAGAAGCAAUUCAGAAGGUUGCUGCUGCCUAUGACUGCAAAAUCGUUGAAGGUGUCCUUAGUCACCAGCUGAAGCAGUUUGUGAUUGAUGGAAACAAGGUUGUAUUAAGUGUCUUGAGUCCUGAGACUAGAGUUGAUGAUGCAGAGUUUGAGGAGAAUGAAGUUUAUACAAUUGAUAUAGUCACAAGCACAGGUGAAGGCAAGCCUAAGCUAUUAGACGAGUAAUAGACAACUAUUUACAAAAGAGCUGUUCACAAGAACUAUCAUUUGAAGAUGAAAACGUCAAGGUUCAUAUUCGGACUCAUAGAGGGAUUGGUUAGCAGGCCUGGGGUAGAGUAUUUAUGCUGGUGAUUUUGCUUUAGGUUUAUGCGGACAUUACUUGUUUUUGCUAUACAAUCUUUUAUACCAUUUCCUAAUUCCAUGUUUCCAUACCCAUUUAGGCUUUAGUUAUUUUAAACUUUGUGUCAAUCACUUCUACACCUAUAUAAGCUCAUAUUAAACAAUCUAAAUUUUUUUAUAUGGUUGGGAUUGCUUGUCUUAUUUUUGGUUGAAUUUGGAUUGAAGGCUUACCGAGCAUGAUAGCAAUAGGGACUUCAACAUGCAAUGGUUUCAUGACAAAAGGAAAUCUGCCCGAAAGGUUGAAGACUUUGUGAAUCUUGUUUUAUCCUCUUAUGAUGAUAAAGAAGCCUUGAGAAGCAUGUACAAGCAAGAGUUCAUUUUCUGUGUGCACAUGAAGGAGAGGUUGCAUAGUUCAGAUGAUUAUCAGGCAUUCUUGAAGUGUCUUCAUAUUUACAGCACAGAGAUAAUCACAAAAAAAUAUUUACAAAGUUUGAUGACUUUGUUGCGUUGACUUUCAGAGAUAUUUUGGUGUAUGGAGAAGAAAUUGUACUUUUGUAUAGAAGUAACAUAAUACUUUUGUCGUCUCCAGCUUUUGUGCAGUUAACUAUUACUGAUGGCAGCGAACAGAUAAUUACUGACAUGGUAGAUAGAUCACUUUUUGUCAUUGUACAGAUAUAUAAUUUUUUGUCGUGGUACAUAAAUGUACUUUUGGCUUGUGUAGA